AAUGCGGUAACUAUAAUGUAUUUAUUUUUUUCAAAGCAAAAUUAUUAUAAACUAAUAAUUUUUCCUUUUUCUUCAAAAAAUUUAGAUUAUCUUCUGUCACUUUAGAAAUGUUAAUGGAACGUGAAGAAAUUGAUAUACAUCCGUAUGGAAGAGGUGGAAUUUAUGAAGGCAUAUUAUACAAAAGUAGAGCAGAAGAACAACUGGAUUUUACAGCUGCAUUUAUUUGGUUCAUUUUUGUCAGUUCAGUUAUUAUGAUGUCUGGAUCAAUUGUUUUUGUAUCAGAACUUUAUCAUUUUCUGCAAUCUGAAACUACGUAUGAUGAUCGGCAAGCGUCUUGUGAUUUCUUUAAAAACUGUGGUAAAUCGAAAUCAUUCCAUUGAAAAAGGUUAUUUCAAAUGGACAGUGUUUUUCAACGCUAUGAAGGAAGUGUAACUUUCUUUACUUUGCAAAAAAGCAUCUAUCUAAUUAUAUAAUAUGAACUGUUAAUG